GCCGCAGGGCCAUGCUGGCUUCGCGCGUGGCGCGCGGCUCCUGGGGGGCCCUACGCGGCGCCGCAUGGGCGCCGGGGGCGCGGCCGGCCAAGGGGAGCGCGCUCCGGGCCCUGCUGCCGUCCGCGCCCGGCUGCCUGCGCUGCCUGGCGGAGCGCUGGUGGCUGCGCCCGGCCGCGCUCGGCCUGCGGUGGCCCGGGGCAUUCCCGCGGGGCCACUGCUCAGGCUCGGAGAAGGCGGCCCCCGGGCCCACGGUCGGAGGGGGCGCCGCCGCGGAGGCGCGGGGCGGCCGAUGGGGUCCGGCGAGCGCCGCCAGCCUGUAUGAAAACCCAUGGACAAUCCCAAAUAUGUUGUCAAUGACAAGAAUUGGCUUGGCCCCAGUUUUGGGCUAUUUGAUUAUUGAAGAAGAUUUUAAUAUUGCGCUAGGAGUUUUUGCUUUAGCUGGAUUAACUGAUUUGUUGGAUGGAUUUAUUGCUCGAAACUGGGCCAGUCAAAAAUCAGCUUUGGGAAGUGCUCUUGAUCCACUUGCUGAUAAAAUACUUAUCAGUAUCUUAUAUGUUAGCUUGACCUGUGCAGAUCUUAUUCCAGUUCCACUUACUUAUAUGAUAAUUUCAAGAGAUGUCAUGUUGAUUGCUGCUGUUUUUUAUGUCAGAUAUCGAACUCUUCCAACACCGCGAACACUUUCUAAGUAUUUCAAUCCUUGCUAUGCCACUGCUAGGUUAAAGCCCACUUUCAUAAGCAAGGUAAACACAGCAGUCCAGUUAAUCUUGGUGGCAGCUUCUUUGGCAGCUCCGGUUUUCAAUUAUGCUGACAGCAUCUAUCUUCAAAUACUGUGGUGUUUCACAGCUUUCACCACAGCUGCGUCAGCGUACAGUUACUACCAUUAUGGCCGGAAAACCAUUCAGGUGAUAAAAGGCAGAUGAAGGUCAUCCGUCAUCGUGAGCAAGGAAACAGUGUACAUCCCCGGCAUCAGGGCCAGUGGAGAUCUACAGGAGUUUCCCUGUUUUGGUGUUCAGCUUGUAAAAGGGCUUGUCAGAACAAACCAGGUCAUCAAAAUUUAAGCAGUGUGCAUUGAAAAUAAGUUUGAUCAUGAGCACAUGCAGAAUUUCCAGUGUAUUUUUAAAUGCAAAUAAAACUAUCAUUUAGAAUUACUUUUUAUCUUAGGUUUCUUAAUUAGCUUAUGAGGAACCAAUUAUUCCAAUUACUGUCAGUCACUUUUUAAUUUUUUUUUUUUUAAUAGACCAGAGCAUGGAAACUGGAGAAUUGUCACUUCUGUUUAAUAGAAUUUAGAUUGCUCACAAAGCACUAGGGAGUUUCCUGGUUUUAAAUAUAUAUCCUGUACAACUUGGCUACAGUUGUAUGGUUAAUUUGAUCGAUGUAUAUAUUAACAGUUCAUAUGGUUAAUAUUUGAUCAUUUUAGGAUAAUGACAAUAAAAGUAGCUUAGUUGUGAAUGAAAUAAACUUGUAAAGAAAUGAUAAAUGCCCUAGGUUUUGCAAAUAAUAAGAUCAAAAUAGAAUAUAUUGAAGUUCAUAUUCAGUAGUCUUCCAACCUCUCAGGUGCCUAAUAGUUUUAUGUAUCAUGAUAACAAGUAACAGAGGUAGUUGGACUAUGAAAACAUAUCCAUGAGCCUGCACCAUCCAGGAGGUGUGAAUUAUAUCAUGCCUUCCCACUGUAUUUCUAACAAAGCAAUGUUUGUAUAAUAUUGGAACCUGUACUUAUAUGUUACUGUAAAUAAUAUGAAACUGUAUAUUUUUCAAAGAUUUUUUUAAACUUUGGGGAAUAUUCUUUUGUUAAGAUGUUAAAGAAAUAAAGAAAAAAAA